UGUGACGCAUUAGAGCGGCGCACACGCAUCUCUGCGGGGCCGGGCGGAGGCGCGGGUACGAUGAUGCCCGGGGAGACGCCGCCGCCGCCGGCCGGGACUGCGGCCGCCGCCGGGGCCUGCGCCAACUGUGGUGUUCUCCAGCAGAAUAUAAAUGAAUAUGUAGCUGCAUUAAUUGCACUGAAGCAAAAAAUGAUUGAUGGAGAUCGUUUGCUGACGGAGUAUCAACAGAAGUGCACUGAGCUUCAAUUUGCUGAACGAGAGAUCUCUGCUCUUCGUUGCCAAGUGGAGAAGAUGUUACAGAAAAUUCUGCCUCUGGAAAAGUGCCAGGAAGAGUUGGGUUCCUUGAAGGCAGAAUUGGAAGAAAAAAAGAGUUCUCUCAAGAUUUAUCAGGAGAGUCAACUGGAAUAUGUUAAAAUUAAAGAAGAAAUAGUAAACAGUGAUGCUGUGAGAAAGAAACUGGAAACAAAAGUGAAAAAACUUGAAGAGGCUGCAACAAAGCAUACACAGGACUUCAGACAACUGAAAACUGAAAAGAAAAGGCUUGAAAAGGAGCUUAAAAAGGCACAAGGAAGGCUUGACAAUGUAUUUAAAGAGAAGUGCAGAAAAGUUAAGCAUGCAGAAACUCAGAGUUCAAGUGAACAUCUUGCAACAGAUAUAGACAAAGGAAGAGUAAAGCUCUUGUUAGAAGAACUUUGGAUGUGCAUUGACAGUGCAACAGGAAAAAGAGAGAAUGAGAAAAAUGAUUCWAUCUUAGCUUCUGUUCAGGAUAAGGAAUGGUCUGACAACAGUAGACUUACAGAAGACACUGUACAAAUCCACCAAAAGAUCAGGAAGUAUGAUGGCAAAACGCUACGUUGGUGUUCUUCCGUGGAAAGUGCUGUAAAGCAAAAUUCUGUAACAGCAAUGAUAAUUCAAACAAGUACUGAGCCUUUUGGAGAUGAUUGUGUUGAAAACAGGUCUACUGAAGAAUGUCUGCGCAAUGGUGAGGAUAAAACUGUAGAUAUGAUAAUACAGACAGGCGUGGAACACAGCACUUCAGGCUACUCCAAUCAGGAGCAGAGGGACCCAGGUGGAAAUGUGACGGAUAUAUUGAAUUGGGCCAGGCCUCUUCCUGCUCUGCUUUCUCCAGUACAGCUUUCACCACUGACUACACRGGAUAUAUUAUUUGGAGAAGUCGCAGRGUCUAGUGAUGAAGAAGAUGAUUGCAGUACCUCUGCAGUGGAGGAUAUUUUACAAGAAGACCAAGUUCAGCCUCUGAGUUGUGAUGUAAUCAGCCACAGUGAUGAGUGUAACAGACAGAGCAAGUCAUGUGAGCAUGGUUUUGAUGCAGAAAUCUCACUUAAUCUGAGUUGGAAUGAGAAGAAUACUCAUAUCAGUCCAAAGAUGUCAAGCAAGGAGGAGAGAGAGGCUGAAAGAAAGCAAUCUGAAGGUCCUACUUUAAUUACAAACAUGGAAACUAACAAAGAUUGUUUGGAGGAGAAUUCUGAGGAUAUGGAAACUGAGAACAGAGAACUAACUGGAGCCACAGCAUGUGAAUCAGAAGACAUGGCAGAACAGAAAGGAGAUGGUGAGGACAUGCACAGUGAAGGGGGAGACUCUUCAGCAGAUUUUAUGUUACAAGGUUUCAAGCCUCAGAAUCAGACAGAAAAAUGUAGUGUGGUAAAGCAAACAGAGGAGAAUGUAACCUUAAUUAGAGCUGUUGAUUGUAAGAGUACACAUGAAAAAUGUGAUGAAUUAGUGAAAGGAGAGAGAGAUGGAUUAUUAAGACAAACUCCCAGGGAAGCAUCUGUUGCACAAAGCAUUACUCGUUUGCUAUCUGAGCAAUGCAUUGUGCUUCMAAGUGAAGGUUCUGAGGAAAAAUCUGAUGUGUUGAUAGCAAGUGAAGUGGUUGAAAGUAACUCAAAAAAUGUAAUCGAAUUAACURAUACAGCUGGAGCUGUUGAGAUCUCUGCACACUCUCAGUGCUCUGAAAUAAAACAUGACAGUGAAGACGUUUUGGAGAAACAACAUAUGCAAAUAAGAGAUGAGGACAACAGAGAAUAUGWACCAGAGACUGUUAAAGUCUCUAGGCAUUACUUACCCGUAUCUGCUGUUGAAGGAAUCAGAAAUUUAUUGUCAGUCGUUCCAAAAGAUGAGCAGCUCAAAAUUGAAGACAUGAAUAUAACCAGAGCUCCAGCUAUUGAACUAGCUAUGAAAUUUGACAGAGGGAGUGUUCUAGAAGUAGCUGAAUUGCCAGAGCUAUUCCAUAGUGUAGAAAAUGUAAAAUUAGUAGAUACAAAGAAGGGGGUAUAUUUACAAAGCAAACCACAUCAGGAGGAAAAUGAUAGUAAUUURUUUCAAAGGAAGCCAGACUUGGAAAAUAUAUAUGUACUACCAAAGACAGCAGGCAUUACUGAUGCAGAAAGCAGUGUAGCUAAGUGCAAAUCCUCUGUGUUAGAUUUUACAGAAGUGAAAGGUGAAAUAAAACAAUCUGAAAACUUACGUAAUACGUUAGAAUGUGGGCAUUCCAAAUCUCAAAACUUUAGAGUGUUUGAAUCUCAAGAGUUUGAAGUCAAAGAUAAUCCAGAAGAUUUUGGAGGGGAAAAUGGURAGCUGUUAGCAAGAAGGGAUACUAUUGAAUCUGUCUUAGUAGAAAGCAAUCCUUCUCAGGAACAGUUUGCAAAACCUCUGAAUCAGCUCUCAAUAACUGGAAAUGUUAAAUGUGAUGAAAUAGAAGGGAAAUUAAAUAAACAAAGCAAGGAAUUGCUGGCUGAGACUUUUUCCAGUUCAUUGAAGUGGGAAAAGGAUAUUGUGAAGAAAAAUAGUAUUUCAGAGAUGAUCUGCCAGCCUGUUUCAGAAAUGCCUUAUAAAAGUGGUGUGGCUUUUUCUACUCAAAAGGACUUGGACAAAUGCUGUAUGAAUAAUGAGGAAAUCAAUUCUCCUGUGCAAGUGGGAAUUGGCUUGGAAUCCACAAGACCUCCUGAUCUGAAUUUUAGUCUUCAGAAAGUUGUUGGCUUCCUUGAAACUAAUUUCACAGGACAGACUGCUUUUUCCUGUUCUUGGGAAAAGAAGGGACCUACAAAUCCUAUUACGAGUAGUAAAUUUAACUGUUUUUCAGAAAACUUAAGGGAGGGUGCUGAGAUUCUGUCUGCUGAAAAAGUCAACAUGGGCAAAGAACUGGGCUGCCCUGAGAGAGAAUCCAUACACAAAAAUGAAGUGAAAACUUCAGAUAAGGAGCAACCAGUAGAUAAAGAACCUCAGUCAUCUAUUAAACCACAUAUUAUGUAUGCAAACUCUUACAAGAAGAAUGCUUUUCUCCUCCAAAAGUUUGAUUGUCAAAAGUCRGGAUACGGGAGUUCUACAUGGCAGGUUAGAACAGAUCCUUCUAGAACUGGUUCACUAACAGAUGGGGGAGAAAGUAAAGAACUGAAUAGUUUUGAGGGUUCUGGAAAAAGUGCCAUAAGGUCUAAAAGUGAUUUUCAAAUGCCAGAACAGAGCAAUCACUCUGAAGAGAAAGACUGUUCUAUCCGAAACAUUAGGUAUGUGAAGUGUUCUGAAUGUGUUCCCAUGUUCAGAAAGGAACUGAGAGCUUCCAGGAGAGUUGCAGUGGAUGCUCUGGAAACUGGUGCAAUUGUUGAUGCUGAUUACCAAGUAGGUGAGCUUCAUUCAAUGAUCCACCCAGGAAAUACUUUCACAGUUUGUCACCUAAAAGCAGGCACUGUGGUGGGUAUGGAUACACAGUGUGAACUAAAUAGCUCUGGAGAUACUGCAAAUGAGCGGUCAAGUGUGACUGGGGAGGGUUAUCCUGAAGACUCAGCCUCUUGGGAAAGGGAAUGUAUAUUAGUAACCUCUGAAACUACUGAGAGAGCUAAUGARCUCAUGGUGGAGUCUGACAUAGCUGGAUGCAUCAGUCACAGUGAGAAAAGCCUGUUAAAACCUGGGAUGUCAAAAGAAAGCCCUGUGAUGCCAAAUGCUUCAAAAAAUAGGUUACCUCUAUGCAAGAUGUUAAGCAGAUUCUCAGAAAAUUGCAAGCUGACUGUAAAAACCAGUAAAUUAAAUACAAGAAUGUUAGCACUUGGCAGUUUCAUAGAAGGAAAUGAUUCUGCAAAACUUCAKUCAAAUGGGGAACAAAGUCUGUUACACAAUAUUAAUAUGGGGGUCUCAGUGUUUGAAGAAUAUAAUAAUAAUAAUCCAACUUACACUGCUUGCAACAUAGGAGAAAGCAGCACUGAUGUUAUCGUAGAUAGUGGUAGAAAAGAAAAUUUACUCAAGUAUCUUCCAAAUCUAGCCCUGUCUGAUGUAAGGUGCUGUUGUCAAACAAUUGGGCAGCUCUCUGAACCACAAAAGACAAUACUUGAGAAGUUAUGUACAGUGGAAUCAGAGUCUUGUGCUCUCAAAAAGAGCAAUAAAUUGAAGUGCAAGGAGCAAGAAUCAUCUGAAAUYUUGACUGUUUCUACCAAGACAGGUACUCAAGUAAUGCAUACCAAGUUAUCAAAGAGACUCUUUCAAGGUAAAAGAAAAACAAAGACUCUCAAAGUUGCUCAGCCAGUUCUUACUGAUACUUCUAUGACAACARAAUGCUCAUCUGAGAUGAUAAAUAUAAUUAGGCAAGAGAUAGGUCCUCCUCUGCCUCCCUUGCUACUGCCUCUGAUUGCUACUCCUCCAAAAACUACCUGUACUGUGUCCCCAGUAAUGUCUUCUACAGGUCAAUCCUCUUUGCUUUCCCCUCUUGAUGACCUGAUAUCCCCACUACGUGAAACUCCUGUUCUUCCUCUCAUGUCUCCAUUAACAGAUACUCCAACAGCAAAAUCUGCUCUUUUAUUUUCUACUCCUUCACCCUCAGAAAUGGCAGUAGGUAGAAGGAUUUGCUCCUCACCUUUGAAAUUUUGUACUUCCAUUCCAAAGCAUGCACUUCCUGUUCCAGGAAAAUUUCCUCUCUUUGCAGCCGUUAGUGCUGGUCCAGGUGCUCCUCAGGAGAACUCUGUGAAAAUAUUGGACACUAUGUAUCCAGAGUUGUCUGCAAGGGCGAGGACACUAAACAUUCUGAAAGGCAAUAUUCAACUUAACCGAUGUGCUUUUUCAGACAGCCAGAAUUUGCCAGGACCUGUGUCUCAAAUAGGUGUAUUCAAAGCAAUUACAUCUACAUCAACUGCUUUUGUUAAAGCUGUGAGCAAUUUGAAAUCUGAUAGUAGCAAAGAUGAAGACAAAGAUGUGCAAAAUCAGCAAUUGUUUUCAAAGUCAUCAGAUCAUCUGGAAAAAAGGACACUGUUGCAGGUUUCUAUGCCAAGAAGUGCCAAGAGACUGAAAUUGGACAGUGAACCGCCAGGGAUGGAGCCGAGUGAUAUUGCUGCUGUCAGAAAUACUAAAAAGACCAUCUCCGAAAUGCAGGAGGCUUUCCAUGGUAAAAGCUGUGAAAUCAAUGAUUCAUCACACAGUUCCAAUUUAGAAGAUUCACUACUGGUAAAGAAGGAUCCUGACUGCCAGAGAGUUUCUUUGGCAUUAAAGAAAGUCGCUGAAUCCUGUUUUGACUUGUUACCAGUUAUUAAAGGUCAUGUAUAUGUUGGCAGUAUUACAAAAUUUCCAGUAAUGAGAGAUGAAGAGAGAAAAGUUGUCUAUGAAUUUGGUAUAAAAAGCAAGCAUUUAGCAGAGUCCUUGCUGGAUGUUAUUCUCAAUAAGAUGAAGGCUCAGAAGAAUGCCUCAAAUUACAUUUUCAGUCAGGCUCUGUGUCGAGUCUAUGCAGGCAUUUGUCGACAGUUGGGAGAUUUGGAAAGAGCCCGCCUUUUCUGCUAUAGCUUACUUAAAGAAGAUUUUCCAGAGUCGGAAAAAUUGAUUUUAUUUAUCACAAAUGUAUGGCCCGACAUAUUUGUCUUCCAAGGUCCAAUUAACAAAGCUAUGCAAUUAGUCAUCAGGCAAAGUGCAAGCAAUGAGAUGCUGGCCUGUUUAAGUGCUUAUCUCAACUGGGAACAGAGUUCCUCUUUAGAUGCUGGUAUUAUGGUCUCAAACCUGCUUUUAGAAAUGCAGUCAUGUACAAAAGUAGAAUUUCACCUGAGUGAGCAGUAUGGAGAAGAUCUCAGUGAAGAUGCUUGGCAGUAUAUAUUUGCUGUUGAUCUACUCUGCUCUCACUUGAAGUGGGAUUGGACACACGAUAAUGUUAUAAGCAAAGUGCUUUGGCCUUCUAUGGAUAAUUGGAUAAAGAAGAGAAAGGGGCAUGAAACUGCUCAAUCCAUUCGUGAUGGUGUUAUAGCAUUGACACUCAGGUUAAUUGGUCGAUUAGGACAAAUAGGUUUGAAGGAAGGAUAUCUUGCUGCAGUGAAGAAUAUUAGUUCUGUAAUUGGACUGUUCAUACAGCAUGCAAAAGAGGAAGGUGUUCCCUGGGGUGUGCAGCUGGCAGCCGUAUAUUCACUGUGUGAUUUGGGUUCAAGCAAUCCAGAAGGUAUUGUUGAGGCCCUCUGUGCUUGGAGAGCAAAAGUUCUUAACAACAUCCCUUCUGCUGUCACAAAUGGCAUAGCUGAAAUCACUUCUCUGUGUGAAAUGGAGCUAAACUAAAAUGUAGGGAAGUGGACUGAUCCAAAGGAAGAAGUGCCUUACCAAUUAAGCAGUAGUUGGUUCCAGUUAAAACCGUACAGAGUGAUGUGUCUUCAGAAUGUCUGAUCAUGGAAAAGCAAGCUCAAGUAUUUUAUUUGGCUUUUCUGUUUGAGGGAAGAGUUUUUAAAAAAUAAAUAAAAAUGCUUACUUUUCCUAGUAGCUGAUUAGUCAUCCAGAAACCAGUGCAUCUUCAGCUCCUGAGAUAUUUCUGGUUUGAUGACAAUAAAAAUCAGUGAUAGUUUUAGUUCUUUUACCUACAUCAAUUUGGAGUAUGGGCUAUUUGGCAGAAUAUUCAGCCUGACUUGAAAAUCUGACUUUGUUAUUUUGUACUAUUUUUAUGAAAUAGCCAUUCAGAGACCAGAACAUUCCCUAGAUUCUGCUUUACUUUGCUUGUGUUGUCUCAUAAAUUUAAUUUCAAGUACUUGUGGAAAACAGGUAGGAAUUGAUUUUUUGUAUAGAGUAACAGAGAUAUUAAAUCUCUGAACUUGUAUAUAUAUGGUAUAUUUUGAUGUGUCUCACAUUUGAUAUUGUUCCACUUGGGAAAUUUUGUGUAUAUAAAUAGAGACUUGGUUCAAAAAUGUUCAUGUUUCUAAUGAUAGMUUCACUAGACUCUGUUUUUGUAUCUUUCAUAAUAAAAGAGACAAACACCAUUGUGUUCUUGUUG